AUGGAGGACCAUCAAGAUCAUGAACAUGGCGGACCCGAUACUUCGGCGAUUCAGGCAGAGCUUUGGGACGGCAUGCACCGUUUCGUGGACCUACACCAGGGAGAUGCAGAUGAAGAAUCUUCUCACCACGAGAUCCCCGAGCUGACCAAACAUCUGGCCGAUCUCUGCGAGCAACUCGUGACGGCCGACCCGACCCGCCACAUGUACGCCGUGUUACACAAGGACCUGAUGGCCGCCCAGACCGGAGAUUCUGUCGGAGACCACGGCCUACCUGUGCGACACCCGCUCGAGCAGAUCAACGACAUCAUCUACUUUGAAUCGAACCCGGAUGCCCAUUAUCUGGAGAUGUUGCGGGGGGUGGUGGACGACCACGAACUCGACUCAAUGAUUGAAAAUGCGCCCAAGCACCAUCACUUGCUACACGGGGCGCGUCAUCCGGACCACGAUGGUGAUGGUGAUGGUGAUGAUGAUGAGGAGGGAGAUGGACAAGGUGACGAUGACCAAGACUGGCAGGAUGAAGGAGAAGGGCACAACCGAUAUCAAUAUGAUCACGACAACCCCGAGGGGGAUGACUACGAUCGUCACGCCGACGGCUAUGAGGAUCACUACGACCCUCACGGCGGGGGACACGAGGAUAACUACGACCAACAAGACGGUGACGAGGAUUACGACCACAAUAACCACGGUGGAGACGAAUGUUGA